CGCGUAUGGCCCAGAGGAAGGUCACUGGCCGUGAUAACUCGAGAUCCCACCACCAAAACAUGACGUCAGCGUGCAUAUGUGAUCUGAUCUACAUUUCAGAGUACACCAGUAAAUGUGUUAGAUUCUACUCUACCAGAGACAGUGUCAUUUUCGUCUGACGAUGGACGGCUGAAAAUCUCCUGCGAAAAAUCAACAUCGCUUACGACGUAAUGACGAUGACUCUCGCCGCUGCCUUUUGCUUCCUGACGAGCUUCAUUGCAGUUGGUGUCAAUGAAGUGACACCAACUCUAUUCGUACCUGCCAUCAGCAGCCGUGACUACAACAUUUCAGAAACUAACUUCACAGAACGUCAGAAACAUGGCACUUCUCGACGUCUGCUUCCUAAUAAAUCACUUUCUGGGUCUCAAAAUUACGAUGAUCCUUAUAAUAAUUACAAUAACACACCAACUUACGAGCACAAAUUGCUACAAAAUUCUCUCACCGCUGAAGGACGUGUGAUUAGGUUACGUAACAAAAGUACAGAUACUGCCAGAGUUUUCAGAAGAGACGCUGGGCUUGAAACAAGUGAAAACGAAAAUAUCAACAUAUCGUGGACGCAACUCAUGCUGAAUGACACAUCAGCGUUCAUUAUAUGGAACGUCACAAAUACACAUGUUGGUUUUACUUCGAAAGACAGAGACGUGGAAAAAUGCCUUGGCGAAUUCAAAACCAAGAGGAAAGCAAUUGCGCCAUAUUUAAUAAGCACAACUGUGAGAGAAAACGGCUAUUUCUUACGCGAUUUUAUUAAUAAUAUAUCAAAAUAUUCUCAUUUACAUGAUCUGAGGACUGUCCAGCAUCAUUACGAAGAAUUUAUACAGAUUCUGAAAGACCAUCAAUCGUAUUAUGCAACAUCCAGGGAAGUAAUCCAAAAUAUGGACCAGGAAACUAAAAACACAGUAUUUUGUGCCCAAAGAAGAUUCUGCACGUGUUUCUCCCGACAGGACAUUGUAAGUUGUGUCUGGUGGUAACGUGGUUUGCUCUUACGCAACAGAACGACGGUUCCGGGUUACUGCAAGACCAUCCUACGCUCCACAGAAAAACACUGAAGCUGGAUUCACAAGAAGAAACUUUCGUGAAAACACUGAGCAAAUGUUCAAGAAUAAAACAAAACGAUUCUUCCAUCAGCGACUCCUCAAAGGAAGAUCCAAAUCACAUGCAGUUAGCCACUCAGGAACAAUUUAGCCCAGACAGUACUCUGAAGUCUUGGUACUGGAUUACAGAGUGGAUGAAAAUGUGUUGGAGAGAAUUCAGAAGUGAUCAAAUUAUCAAAGCUCCAAGUUUCACUGAUAAAAAUUACACAGCAUUAUUGGUCUAUUUGGUUGGCAGUGAAUAUGGUUAUAAUAUUGAUCUUGAAACAUUCAAUGAGCAAUUGGAAGAAAUUAUUGAUUCUUCUAACUUUUAUAAAGAAUUUCUGGCAGUCCAAAACCGUUCAGUACAUCACAUAUUUCAGAGGACACAAAAUAUAUCAUGCAGUUCUCAUCUGACAUGCGAGUGCCUUUCGCCAGACUGCACAGUGAUUCUUGAAGAAGUUUAUUCACAGUUACUUCAGACAAUUUCAAGACUAAAAUCAACAUACCUUUUCAUACGUUUCAUAGAACCAGUCAUAACAGUGUCCAUACUCUGUCUAGGUCUCUUAUUGGACGGCACACUGCUUUUCAUAUUUUUUCGGCACAGGGAAGUAAGAACAACAAACAACGCGAUGCUGAUCAACAUUGCUGUAAGUGACAUGCUUGGACUUACCGUCGUAUUACCUAUUAAAUAUGCCUUAUACAAUUAUCAUAACAAGAGAAAUAUAUUUGUCAUGAAGUUGUUUGCUUUAAUGGCAAGCCAAACUGUGCUCAUCUUCGUAAGUGCCUUCUCAACUCUGGCUAUAAGCGCCCAGCGGUGUUUCGUCAUUUCAAAAUCUCUCCGCGAUUUCACUCCGCAGACACAAAGUCCCAGCCGUUUUAACACAGCUCUCUGCAUCAUGGGAGUGUGGGGAGCCGCCCUAGGGAUCACCCUGGGGCUAGGAUUCCUAAUGGCUACAGCUUCUGAUGACCGGAGGGAGAGGUCGCGCAUCUGCAUCGUAAUCGUGACAUUCCUCGUGGCGGCGUUCGUCCUGCCACUCUGCGUCACGGUUCUGAACGCUCGAAUUGCAGCAAAGUUGCAUCGGAGUGCAAGGGACAUGCCCGGGAUCAGCAGUCAGACGACGGCCCUCGUACGCGCGCGGCACAGGAGCUCAGCCGUCAUAAUCGGUCUCUCAGCUACGUUCUGGUUUACGCACAGCCCAUUCCUUGUCUGGGUGCUCGUUAUGAUUUCGCACGGAGAGAGUCUGCCGAGAUAUAUUCCCAGUGUCAUCUAUCACCUGUUUUUCUCAAACGCUUUCCUCAAUCCAUUGUCACUUUAUAUAACAAGUCGCACAUUCAGGAAACUGUUCAAGAGAUACAUAUUCAGAUGCUGUUACACUGAUUACACACCUAGAGGUUAGUAAUUAAAAUGUCAACCCUAUAGACGCCUAACGUAGUGGAAUGUAAUAAAGUUAGAUCCCCUCUGAGGCUCCAAACAAACAGACGCGUAACGAGAUAUGAGGCUCUCAAUGCGGCGAACUUGUAGAGGCUCGUCCUUCGAGGACCUAACGCCGUGUGAACUCGACAGACAAUAAUGAUCACUGUCUUCUUCCCAACUAUAAAUUAUUCAGAAUGUUUUGUAGUUUUUUUUCCCAUUAUUAUCUCUACAAAAAUUAUUAAACUUCCACGUGUAAUAACUAUAACCGUCAAGAGAUAUAAGCUAAAACACUGUAGUCAAUUGAAUAAAAAUUUUCUUGGAUAUUAUCCAUCGUCUAGUAAAUAUAAAACGUAAAAACGACGUUUCGGAGAUGGGACUCUAUCUCCGUCUUCAGGUUCCUACACAGUUGGGCCCACUAGAUAGAGCUAAUCCCUAUCUCCGGACCAAUCCAAGAAAAUUUUUAUUCAAUUCACUCUUCACCAUCGUCAAGAAGUUUUAGAUUUGAUAUAAAACACUGUACGUUUAGACAAUUGUUAGCCAGACGUAGGAGACAGUGGUUUUAUGGUUAGCAAUGCAAAUCAUAAGGGAAAAAAUCAGUUAAUAGCGUUACCGUAACAACGAUUAUAACUAUUUAUGUAAAACAUACACAGUCAUAAACAUUGUACUAUUAAUAGGCUAUAUAUUACACUGUGAUAGUUAUCACAGUAUGGUUAUUACUGUGAUAACAAAAGUUAUAUCAUACACCACAGAAAUGUAUUUAAAUAUGAACACCGAAUUAUAUCAAUACACGAAAAACUGAUAAAGACAGACCAACAAA